GCCGCAUAAAAAACGAGCUCAGUUGUGAACGGUACUUUGUAACGGCAACCGGCGGCAGCACGCGCGACUAACGGUUCGCUGGAAAAGUGGAGGAAAAGCCCCGAGGAAAAACUUAGUGGAAAAGCACCGAACAUUCGUACCGCCAGCCAUUUACUGCUCGGAUCGACGGCCGCAGUAACUUGUCGCUCAUCCUCGAGAGAAAUAAAAUUGAAGCUGCAACCAGUUCACAUAAUCCUGCCCCCGGAUGGCCUGAAAAGAGUCAACCAUUCCGUCACCCCCCUCGACAGCCGCCGCCGGGAGCAGACAGCAUUCCGCUCAUCUCACCAUGACAGAAGCCGCCUCAGCCUCAGAUGCUCCUGCUAAGUGGGGCACCGUCACAAGGCAGACGCCCCAAAAAUAGACCCCUCAUCGGAACGGUGGAGCAGGGGGAGAUGCCGCCCAGUACCGUUCUGCAAAUGCCGCCGGCUCCGUCGUCGUCGAGAUCCGGACUGGUGCUGGGCGUCUGCUGUGACCAGCUGAUGGCGGUGCAGCCAGUGCAGCCAGUGCAGCGGGCAUCCGGAGCAGCAGCAUCCAAGAGCAGUUCCCCGGACUGGGGGAAUCACAGGGCGAAACAUCUUGAAGGGGCUGCCACGCCUUUCAAGUGGAUUCCGCCCUUUUUCAUUAUCCUCGCCACGCUCCUCGAGGUUCUCGUGUUUCUAUGGGUGGGUGCUGAACCACCCGAGGAUUCCCUUCUCGUAUAUCGUCCCGACCAGCGCCUGCAGCUCUGGAGAUUCCUCAGCUAUGCCCUGCUCCACGCCAGUUGGCUCCAUCUGGGUUACAACGUGCUCACCCAGCUCCUAUUCGGCGUGCCUUUGGAGCUGGUACAUGGAUCGCUGAGAACGGGCGUCAUUUAUAUGGCCGGAGUUUUGGCCGGCUCAUUGGGAACUUCGGUGGUGGACUCGGAAGUUUUCCUGGUGGGAGCCAGUGGUGGAGUUUACGCCUUGCUGGCCGCCCAACUGGCGAGUCUGUUGCUCAACUUUGGUCAGAUGCGACACGGGGUAUUCCAGCUAAUGGCUGUGAUUUUGUUCGUUUUCUGCGAUUUGGGUUAUGCCCUCUAUUCAAGAGAACUGGCGAUGCACCAGCUGCAGACACGACCCUCUGUCUCCUAUAUCGCCCACAUGACCGGAGCUCUGGCCGGGAUUAGUGUGGGUCUGCUGCUUCUCCGGCAACUGGAUGGUGGGCUGCGACCACGCCCACUCCGCUGGCUGGCCCUGGGCGUAUGGUGCAUAUUCAGCGCCUUCGGAAUCGCCUUCAACUUGGUGAACACGGUCACAGCUCAACUUCUGGCCGAGGAGGAGGGCCAGGUGAUCAGGCAGCACCUGAUGAACGACCUCGGAAUGGGAUGAUCCCAGGCGGAAGCCACAGACUGCAUCCUCCUCUUACAUGUCUCCUCUUAUGCCCUAGUCUAGUCACUAGAUUAUAAGACUUUCCCCAGGACAGUGUGCUCAAAUAACAUAUCUACAUCUAUCGGAUAUCCUGGCUCCCACUUCAAGGGGGGAUUGCUCAAAAUACUCUUAGCUCGUAAGUCCCAACAUUUAUCUUAUGCCAAUGCCAAAGGAGUGGAGAGGUUCCGUUCGGGAACUGAGCCUGGCUCACAUCAAAGACUUAGGAUCGGGUUUGGAUGGCUAUCGAUGCUGAUCGAUGGACUCCUACAUUGAGUUGCCUACUUAGGCUUAAUGCCAAACCAGAGCUUAAAGACAUAACAUACAUAUAUCCAAAUACAAUAAUUUGAAACAAGAAAUCUAACUCAAUAAAUUACCAAACUAUAGAGUAAACACCAA